CGUACUGUCAGCGGUCAAUGUCAUCAAAGGAAUUUCCUAAUCCCACAAUAUUAUUUGUGUUUUCUUCAAAAUUGUUUAUAUUUCAAUGGUAAAUAUUGUUAAAAUAAUAAUCUUCUGCUGCAAGGUAUCCGUUUAAGAUGCAUUUACCCGAAUAUAACAGUCAAGGAACACAACAUCCAUUCUGAGAGGAAAAAAUGAUGUGUCGGCUUUGCCUGGGUGAAUACCCCUUAAAUAAACUCAAAAACAUCUUUGCAUAUCAACCGGAAAACUGCGAAGAAUCCUUAGUUCAUAUUUUAUUUUGGAUGUUUUCGGUCGAGGUUGAUGUGAUUGAUCCAUACCCAAAAGAAGCGUGUGGAAAGUGCCUGGUGUUGAUCAAUCAUGUUCUACAAAUACGAGCAACUUUCCAAACGACCCAAGAUGUUUUACACGGCAAACAGCCCAAGAGCGAUACGACUGAACCCAAGCAAACUUUAUCAGAAAUAAGGAACACUAACUUGGAUGAUAAUGUCCAAAAACCUAAAGGAAAGUAUGACAUCGAACAGUUAGACAAUAUUUCAUUAUCUACCGUUAAAGUUUCCUUAAACAACCUUAAGGUGAUAUGCCCGGUAACUUUGGAUCUACCAAAGUUCGAAAACUCCCCGGAAUUUGGAGCGUAUAAACAUUUAGGCUUUGGAAAAUAUAAGAAAAGAACGAAUAAAAUAGUGCCAACCCCAAGGUGUAUAGAAUUAUCAACACAAACUAGUUGUGAAAAGUUAAGGUCAGAAAUGGUCUCACGUGGGGUCAAUACUGACCUCAUCAUUCCUAGUGCAAUAGAACGUAUGAGUGGGGUGCCUGUUGCCGAUCAUUUUGAAAAUAAAUUGCACGGAAACGCAUCACAAAUAAGGUCUAGAUGUAGUGUAAUGGAUCUCUUAGAAAUAGCCACCCACAUAUCGUCGAUAUUAACAAACAACAGGUUACCUGUACAAGAUGUUGGCACAAACACCGAUAUUCCCUUCAGUGUUCCAAAUGAUAAAUUAAUUAAAGUCGAUUCAGACACUUUAAGUCAUUUCUCCCUCGGGGUUUUCAUGGAGCCCUUGGAAGAUUUGUUAAUUAGAGAAAAUUAUACUGAGGUACAAAAAAAUUGUUUUGUCCAAAACUAUAAAGAAGGUUUUUGUGAGAGACGAGAGGAGGAAGGGGGAGAGGAGUGCGAAGUGGACCCUUUAGUCGAAGAAAACCAAAAAGUAUUAAGAGAAUGGAAAAAACGACGUUUACUAAAUUAUUAUAAUAAUUUUCGAUCUUUUGCGGUGAGGGAACUGAUUGAAGGCAAAUCGAUCCGCGAAAAUAUCCGUCAAGAUCGCGACGAACUCUUAGUUAAGGUGGCCGAAGUGCAAAGUGUUUAUUUAUGUAAUUUUUGCAGUACAAAUUUUCCUUCGAAUGUCGCAUUAAGGUCGCACAUCAAUAAAGUUCACGUCAAAAACAACGAUAACAAACACAAGUGUAACUGGUGCUUCAGACGAUAUAAAAACUUGAAAUUGUUAAACAUACACGAGUCCAAUAUGCAUAAGGAACAAUUUGGACUGAGAAAAGAUCUAAAUGAUACGAGAGGAAAAGAAGUUAAGGGAUUUUACGCGCAUAUGAAAAAAGUCCAUUUAAUUUCAAAAAAGGUGAUAAAAUGUCAAGUGUGCGGUUUAUUUUUCAAAUCGGAAGCGACGUUCGUUUGUCACAUGUCCAUGGAACAUGAUCAAACAGAAGAAGCCGUAGCACGUCGACACGAUCGACGGACGCGUGGUAGAACCGUCAAUGUCAAGGAUAUCAUGAAAAACUUUCGGUACAAGUGGUCCAUAAAGAAGAAAAAGAGGAAACGCGUGAAAGAAGACAACAACGACGAUUUCAUUUGGAAUAAGAAAGAUCUGGGCAAGUAUUCGGCGGUUUCUUUUUAUAAAAACUAUGUGGAUAAAGAAAUGUCACCGGAAAAAGAUUCCGAGACACAUCAAAGUCCUUUAUUCGAUCAAAAGGCGGACGUUGCCUUGGAUGAAACGAUUAGAAAAUUGAGCGAGAGGUUGGUGGACCCAUUAGUGGCCAGUAGUAAUUCAGCGACAUUGUAGCAUAAUAUCCUGCAUUUGGUUAUUGUACAUUCUAGUCAAGAAAAAUCAGGUAGAGCCGCAAUCUCAGUAAACAUCACACCAAUUCCCAAGUUGAUUAAUUAUUUUCUCCGAAAUUGGUAAUUUGAUUCCCGAGAUUUAAAUUUAGCUAAAGAGAAAAUACUUGAGGAUUCCAUUCUGAGCCUCAAUGUUUGUAGAUUUUUUUAAUAUAUAUUGCAUUGUUCAUUCAGCAAUUUAGGAUUAGGUUAGUUUUAGGUAUUGGUAAUUUGUAAAUAAGAAAAUUAAUGUUCCUUUACAUUUUCGUAAUUCUGUCGUGCUAAGGCAAGAGGUCGCGUAUCGGGUUGAAAAUAUUGUUUUGCGAUCAGUUUUACAGGCAACACGACGCACAGUGUUUCGGGACAUAAAUCAUAGGCUGGUUCUACAUAAUAUAUUUUUUAUUUUAUUAUGAGUAGAAACUAUAAAAUAAAUUUUUAAAGUAAAAUUAUACUGCAAUAACAAUAAUUAAAGUCGUAUUUCCUACUAAACGAUUUAUGUAGGUAACAAAAUUAUUUAAAGAAACAGUAUGAAUAAAUGAAAUAAAGUAUUUUGUUGCUGAUAAAAUAUAAGAAAUAAAUCCAAUGGGAUAACCCUUAAAAAGUUGAAAUGUCUCAAGUUUGAUAAUAAUGUGUAUAAAUAAACAGGGUGAUCCAACGAAAAGUAUCCACCUAAAUAACGCCUCCCAAAUUUUUUUAUACUUUCGGACUUGCCGACUUUUAUUUUAAGGGAAAAAACCUUUUUAUUUACUUUUUGCCUUACCACUCCAUCACCCCAAAAAUCUUAAAUAGAAAGGAAGGCCAAGUGAUCUCUUAAUCGUGAGUAUUACUGCCCAGUUUGGAGUCUUUAUUUUUAUUAGGGUUGACGUGACCCCUUGUCAAAAUCUCUAUGAAAGUAGUUGUUUUAGCCUAUAACCAAAUAUUAGUAAGACUAAAUCGCUUUCAUGUCAAAAUAGAAUUUAAAAUGGGUCUCAUUUAAGUCUUUUCAAAAAGCCUAAUUUCAAGUCAGGCUUUUAGCCCAACCAUUUAGUAUCUUAAUUGGUAAAUCAUUUUAAAGCUUAUCUUAUUAACAUUACAAUUUAAAGCGGUUUACUUUUGUGAAUAUUCAUCAGCUAUUCGCUAAAAAAAAAAACGAUGUCAACCCUAAUCAACCCUAGUUACAAUACAGGCUUCAAACUUUAUUCAAACUUUUUAACAGUUAGAUUAAUGAUAGAAAUACCUUUAAGACAAGGUAUCCCUCGAACCUUUUUAUAUAAAAUUUUAGGAGUAAAUAUUAAUUAAUAAAAAUAUUACCCCAAUAAAUGAAUAAAAUCGCAAAACCGAACAUACAGUGAGAGCCAAAAGUCCGGAAUAAAUUCAUUUAAAAUUCAAUGGGUAUGUUCAAAAAAAAAACGCUCGGACACGUCGAUUUUUAUUUUUAACUGUGGGUUUUCUUACUAUAAUUUUAGGUAUACAGGGUGGUCCAAAAAUAAGUUACGACCAUCAAGUUAUAAGACGCUUAUUUAGCUAUAACUAGAUUGAAAUUAUUAAGUCCAGUGGCGUGUCAGUGGGCACCACAUGCUUAUUGUUGAUAAAAAAACAAGAUAAUUAAUUGUUUUACAGCUUUUUAUUUAUUUUUGUAUUUAAGCAACUAAAAAUACAACUUUUUCGUAUCUUAUCUUAUUAUCUUCAUAUCUGGCUUUGUUUUCGAGAAAAAACUCAUUUAACUCAUUCUAAAAAUUAUCCAUGGACGACAACAUGAAAUAAAAACCAAUUAAUUCGAUAAACAAUUUCGACUUUAAAGUAAAUGAGCAAAAUGCUCACCCUCUGAUAAAAUACACGACUGCAAACGAUUCGUCAUUGAGUGUCUGACACGCUCAAAAAUACCUGGAGUAACCCUUAUGAUAUUGCAAUUGACAAUUAUCCGAUUCCUCAAGUCAUUCACAUCUAGAACAGGAGUUUUAUAAACAAGAGCCUUCAGAUGGCCCCAAAAAUAGUAAUCUAGGGGAUUCAUAUCAGGACUGCGAGCCGGCCAAUUUUGAGGUCCUGCACGUUUAAUCCAGCAAUUAGGGUAGAUGACGUCGAGAUGCUGACGAGCAAGAACACUGAAAUGAGCUGGAGCCCGGUCGUGCAUAAACCACAUGUUGACUCUUACUUGUAAAGGUACUUCUUCUAACAAAGUGGGUAAAUGGUGUUGCAAGACAUCCGUGUAGGAUUCACCUGUUAAUCUUGCCAGUAAAAAAAAUCGGCCAAUUAGGUAGUCACCAAUAAUUCCUAUUCAAACGUUCAGCGAAAAUUGUUGUUGAAAAUGAGUUUCUCUAAUAACGUGGGGAUUUUCGUCGGUCCAAAAAUGAUCAUUGUGGAAGUUCAUAACAGCAUCUCUUGAAAAAUUUGCCUCGUUCGUAAAUAAAAUAUUUGGUAGGAAAUUAUUAUUGUGUGCCAUCGUACGAAUCCACCUGCAAAACAUUAAUCUUGGAUGAAAAUCCCGAGGCAGUAGAGCUUGUACACGCUGUAUGUGAUACGGAUGCAGGAGGUUUCUUUUUAGAACUUUCCAAACGGUUUUGAACUGACUUCAAGCUGCAGUGCAAUCUUCCUGAUCUUCUAUCGCAUCAAGUAUAGCUUCUUCCAGUACAGGCGUUGUUAUAGUUUCUGGUCUUCCACCGCCCAUAUUUUUAUUAAAACUCCCAGUUUCAAAUAAUCUUGCAUGUAGUCGUCUAAAUGUUUUUGCACAUGGAAUUACUCUGUUAGGAUAUCUGUCCUGGUAAAUUCUUCGUGCUUCUUCCGCAUUUCCAUUUGCUAAUCCAUAAAUAAAGGGCAUGUCGGUCAUUUUAUGGUUAGUAAAAUUAUUCAUGAUGGAGUAAUGAAUCAUUGCUAAUUGACAGCGGAAUUUUACUUAUAGCAAUUCUAUCACUGUUAGCUGGUCUCCAAAGCAGGUAGGUACAAAGGAGGUACUUGAAUGGACUUGCCAAUUAUUUGUCAUAAGAAGCAAUGUAUUUGUUAUUUUGUUGUAUUUUAAAAAUCUGAUAAUAAAAAUCGUAGAAGUCAAGAUACAAGAGACCAAAAAGUCGUGCAUUAAAGUGUGGACAUUUUGCUCAUGUACUUUAAUGUCGAAAUUGUUUAUCGAAUUAACUGGUUUUUAUUUCAUGUUGUCGUCCAUGGAUAAUUUUUAGAAUGAGUUAAAUGAGUUUUUUCUCAAAAGCAAAGCCAGAUAUGAAGAUAAUAAAAUAAGAUACGAAAAAGUUGUAUUUUUAGUUGCUUAAAUACAAAAAUAAAUAAAAAGCUGCAAAACAAUUAUUGGCCUUGUUUUCUUCUCAACAAUCAGCAUGUGGUGCCCACUGACGCUAAAUAAGCGUCUUAUAACUUCAAACAACUGCACCAAAUUUCAACCAAAUCAAACCUUUAAGGAUAGCUAUAGUAUUUUUAAAAUACCGUUAUUUUUUUGAACCUUCAUCGCCCUGUAUCUCAGAAACAAAGCAACUCCCGACAUACGAUCAUAGGAACUUUUUUUCAUAAAACGACCUAACGAUUCACCCUGUAUAGUUUCGUACCGUAGUUAGGAAACACCCUGUAUAAUAUGCUAAUUUUCAGUGGAAUGUUUCGAGAUUAUAUUUUAAAAUUCCGUUUUUAGUUUUAUUCUUUUUUUUUUCCGUGACAUACAUACGUAUGUUUUUUUGAUAGCCUAGACCGAUGCACGCAUCUUGGGGUUAUUUUUUGGAGUCUUUUUUUGCCCCGUCUGUCCUCUCUCCUUGCGCUCGUCCGUUGUCGCACUACCGCUGCCUCUCUUAAAAUCUUAGGUUAAUUAAUUGUCUGUCUUACUUUGCAUUCCUAUAUAAAAACGGUAUUUUUAUUUUUGUAAAUUGUAAAGGGCUUUUUCAUCCCUUCUUUGCUUGUGCUUACUAGGGAAACUGGUUUUAUAAUAGAGAGAAUAGUCCUAUUUGUCAAUGUAAUUUUUUUUUUCUUUAUUAUUUUUAUUGACCUAUAAAACUGUAAAUUUUGAUAAAUAAACCAUUUUGAUUUGAUAAAA